GAAGAGAUCACUGGCGCCAUUUUCGUAGCUUUGCCAGAUUAUUUACGAUUCCGUUUGCUUCACACUUCCUGAAACCUCUUAAGAGGAGAAAGAACUUAUUCCUUGACUACGUACGUACAUAAUAUAAGCAUAUGACUUCCAUUAUCAUUUCUUCUUCUCGAUCCAUCAAUCAUCUCCUCCUUUUCCAGCUAGCUUUCACGGCCAUGGAGGACCCCAACAUGCUUGCCGCAGACUGUGUUGUCAUAUCUUGCUGCUGUCAAUGCUUGAUCCUACAGAUUCUCAUCUUCGUCUUGCUCAAACUUCCUUACAAACUGAUUCGUAAGACGAGAGAUUAUGCUAAGAAGAGGCUUCGACAAAGGAAGAAGGAUGAUGAUAAGAUUACAGAAAGAGAAAUGGAUCAAUAUUACGACGAUGAUAGCCUUGUGGGAAUGAAUGGAGAGUCUUUUAGAAUUCAAGUCGACGGUUUAUUCAGAGAUGGAGACCAUGGUUGUGGGUCUUGUAUGGAGGAAGUUGAGAAGGUGUUACAGGAGAUGUCUCAGAAGGGGGAGUUUGCAUUUGGAAGCUUUUGGGGUAGGAAGGGAUCAUCAGGUAGCUUAUCAACUUGUGUAGCAAAACAUGAAUUCGAUGACAGAACUGUACAGUAUCAAAUAAUUGAAAUGAUUGAAUCUUUCAGUUAUUAUAUAUAGCCAUAUCCAACAUGAUCAUUUUGCCAUUUAGAUUAACAGUUUGAUAAAUUUCUGCUUUUAGAUUUGGAUUUGCCAUG